AGGAAACGUGGACAUCAACAAGUCUGUCAACUGUGUACAUACAAAUGGAUAUAACAACUUCUCACUUCAGAAAUAUUUGAGGAGACGUCGUGAACAGGAAAUAGCGAUCCGGGCCAGACAUUACAGGGUUCGUUUAAUUCAUCUUAGGCUGAUCUUAUGACGUAAACAGACUAAUUACAGGACACAUAACAAGGUAUCUUUAAUACCUCUCAUGACGUCAGGAAGUCAGCUGGCAUCUAGAGAGCAAACACUAGUAUGGAGCUGACUUGGUUAACCUCUAAAGGGAUGAUUGUCAUUUGUGUCCGAGUUAAGUGGCAUAAGUCUGUGCUGUCAACUACAAGCACUAAUUGCGGUUGGGUCGAGACAGGCAUCAAUUAUUAAUGAGGUGCUUUCAUUAAUUAAACACCUCUAUUCAAGCGUCAUUUGGUGCCAUUCUCCACGAGCUCCGUGCUACUUCUAGGAAUGAUGUAUUUAGCCAAUUUCUUCUCAGCGAGCACGUGCGAAUCGCCGGUUUCAUCAACUUGGCUUUCGAUAUUUGACUAUUGACAUGUGUAAGGAAACACUCGUCUUAUGUUUGCAUCAUGUGUCAUCUGUACGAACCCUGACUGUCUCACAAGGAGAAUGGUCAUAUAAUAUUCAGCAUCGCAUCAGGGUUCUGAGGUGACUUUUGCAGCAGGUGGAAAUUUGAUGAACAUGUGUUGACCAAGAGCAUAUGUAACAUGAUAAUGGACUAUGAGAAAUAAAUAAAUAGCGCGUUUGAGAAGUGAGGAAUGUUGCCGGAAUCACCACUUACGAGAGGUAUUCAUUUAUGAUUGUCAACGUUUGAUAUAAGCACGUGGUACAUCGACACCUUUCUAAGCUUUGAGGGUAUUAAUCACACAGUCCUACUGAUCUUUUUUUAAACUUCAGUGCGAAUGCUCAUCAAGGAUAUCUGUCCAUGUUUUGUUCAUCGCAUUAGACAUAUCACUCAAACCUCCCUAUCUCCAUCCUGAACACUCAAGGAAUAAAAGGAUGUGCAUCAUUUAACAUUCACGAACUCAUCAUGUUACGAGGUGACGCAUCUUUCUUAUUGAAUACCAAGAUCUGAAUGCAUCUACUUUUCAUCAGGAUCGUUUUUUAUUGAAAAUAUUACUUCUGCCAGCGAUUGAAUCAUUACAGAUUUUAUGUUUUCUAUGGCACCGAAGUCUUCAUCUCUAAAGACUAAUGCUACAUAUUCCAGGCUAGGUUUAUGCCAGGCAUCAAUGAACCCCGAAAUCUUAUUUGCAUAAGUCAUAAAUCGAGGGUCUGCUACGUGCAUUGAUUUCCUGAACAAAAUGCGUUUUGUUACGUUGUAUCCUUGUCUGUUGAUGAUUAACUGACUUCAUAACUUUGUUGAUAAACUGUUUUGAAAAGCAUGACAAACUAAUCGGAAGAGCAAUCAUAAUGGAACCCAACGUGUCCAUGUUUGAAGCCAUGGGUGCUAACGAAACCGACAUCUAUGGAAUGCCAAAAUCUGUGGUGUGGUUAGCGACGGUCCCGCUUUUGCUUUCCAUAAUCUCGAUUGUCACGAUCAUCGGCAAUGCAUUCGUCAUUACUGCUUUCUUCGUAGACCAGCGAAUCAGAGACAAACCAUCAAAUAUUCUCAUUCUAAGCCUCUCUAUAACGGAUGUAUUGAUCGGAUUAAUCAUUCUACCCGGGAAUAUGAUAUAUUCGGCCUUGGAUAGAUGGCCGUUCGGUGAAGUCGCGUGUAAAGUAUGGUUGGUAUUGGAUUACACGCUAUGCAUGGUGUCUGUGUGGACAGUUGUAUUAAUAAGCCUUGACCGAUACUGGCUGGUGAAGAAACAACUGAUGUACGCGAGCUUUCAGACAUCCCGACGGGUCAUAAUAUCGCUACUGUGUGCGUGGUGCGCAUGCGCAGCUAUUUACACAUUCCUCGCGUUUGGAUGGAGAGCAAUUGUUGAGGAAGUUCCACUUGUGGAUUUUACCAGAGACUGCGAAUUAGAAUUCAGCUAUAAUGCCCCUACAACGCUUUCUAUCAACGCAGUCGAGUUCGUCAUUCCUCUUUUAGCCAUCGUUUACCUGAACAUGGUUUUGUACAUCCAUAUAAGGAAAGGACCGAAAGGGAUCGUGCGAAGGAGAAUAUCAAGCUCAAAUGGGCAAGCGAUCAAGUACAUCGCGGUUUGUGCUUUUAAAUUACCCAACGAUUCAGCGAGGCAAACGAACAGCUAUGACGUCACUCCAAGGCCUUCAAGCGUUUCUGAAGAAUCCCAGGAGUGUGAUGAUGAUGUCAAAGUGCGCGCGCGUAAAACGCGAGGUAGACAUGAAGCCGAGUACAGGACGCAGGUGAAAAUGCACGCGCAACACCGGAAAGCCGCCUUUUUUCUGGCCGUAUUCGUCGGGGUGUUUAUGUUUUGCUGGCUCCCCUACCAGUUCACGAGUAUCCGGCUUGCGUUUUGUGGAGAUUGUGUUUUUGAAUUAACAUGGGACAUCACCAACUAUCUCUUGUGGUGCAACUCUACAAUUAACCCUUUUCUCUAUGCACUUACCAACCUCAGAUUUAGGCGAAAUUUUGUUCAAUUAUUUUAUCGAUAUCAAAGACUAUGUUGUCCGUGGAAGCGAACAUUCGAACCUAGUAGAAUCGACAGUGAGGGACAAUAGGUUGAAUCUAAUAGUCCUCGUUUAGACGGUUAACCGCCACACGUGAAAUUGAAUGGCAAAUGCGCGCAGCAAACGUACCGCGCGUGUUCACUUAGCUCUGUGUUAUAUGAAAUAGGAAAUAUGAAGCGUAUCGGUGCGGUUACGCCUCGUCAUUUCUACACGAAGAGUAAUAUCCAUGGAUUAUGAGUUGUAUCUGGGUUCUCUUGUGAAAGGAAACUUUUUCUGCUACAGGUGAAUUUUUAUAUAUUUUUGGAAUACCCACUGUGGAAAGUGUCAUGAAAGCAAUUUAACAUGAUC